UCUUCUGAUUGAUUACUCAGAGCCCAACGUGACACCAGCAGACCAAACCUCAUUAAAAUGCAUCAAAAUUAAGCAAUUUAAUCUAUCAGAACAUCAGAUAAAAAUGUUUUGUGGGCAAAAAUCCCAAUCAGAAAAGUAACGAAAACCUGAAGCAGUCAGAUGAGGUAGUGAAGUAAAAGUACAGCAGGAUACUUCUCUCUGAGAUGUAGUACUUGAUUACAGUGUUUUAAUCCCGUCCUGUUCCGUGACGAGCCGCGGGCUCUGCGGGGCUUCAGGGGUUAAAGUUGACUCGUUAAUUCCCAUAUCUGCCACACGGGGGGCCCGGAGGAGGCUCCCUGCUGCCUGCCGCCCGCCUCCCGCUUCACUCCGCAGACUCGCUGCUUUGUUAUCCCCGUCGAGCAGGAGGUCACGCAGUCCGCCCGCAGCGCACUCAGGAUCCGCACACGCACCGCUUCUGUCCGCAGUCUCACGCAGAGCUGAACACAUCCAGCACGAUGGGGAAAGGCUGCAUGACCGCGACCAAGUACUUCCUGUUCCUCUUCAACCUCAUCUUCUUCUUGUGCGGGGCCGUCAUCAUGGGCUUUGGACUGUGGCUCCUCCUGGACAAUCAGAGCUUCAUCGUGGUCCUCAGCAACUCCACGGCUGUGAAGAUCGCCUGCUACAUCCUGAUUGGCGUCGGGGCUUUCUCCAUGCUCAUGGGCUUCCUCGGCUGCCUGGGGGCCAUCUAUGAGGUCCGCUGUCUGCUGGGCCUGUACUUCACCUGCCUCCUGCUGAUCCUCAUCGCUCAGAUUGCAGCCGGCACCCUCAUCUACUUCCAGAAGGAGAUGUUAAAUGAAGAGAUGUCCAAGAUCAUCACCAAAGUGCUGGACAGCUACCCCGGCAACAACUCGACCACAGAGCAGGCCUGGGACUUCAUCCAGAGGAAUAUGGAGUGCUGUGGCUGGUCCGACCGUCUCGACUGGAACGGUAACAUGGUCAUCAUCAACAGCUCCCAGCUGCUGUUUCCCUGCUCCUGCCAGAACAUCUCGCUCGCCACCGGAAACUUCUCCAGCAGCGGCUUCUGUGAGGCUCAGACGCCCGACUGGCCCGUAUACGAUGUGGGCUGUUCUGCCAGCGUGGAGAGCUGGCUCCUCACCAACAUCGGGGUCGUCCUGGGGAUCUGCCUCGGAGUGGCUCUGAUCGAGCUGCUGGGGAUGAUCCUGUCCAUCUGCCUGUGCAAGAACAUCCACACGGAGGACUACACCAAAGUGCCAAAGUACUGAAGCUCGCUGGGGGACGUUUUGAACUGCAGAUGCACAGAAAGCGGGAAACAGUAAAAUAUGCUUUUUUUCCCCCCUUCCCAGUGUUUGGUGGAACAAAUGUAAAAUAAUGUGUGUUUGCUUCAUAUUUUGUUAGAUUGUUCUCCUUUUGAGGUACUUCCAUCUCUAAUUUUCAUCAGUCCAGUUUCUUCAGAGCACUUUAGAGACUUUUUUUUGAUCAGAGCGCGAAGCUGAAAAUAUUUUGUGAAUUUUAAAAGAACCUCUUGGCAGAAAGAGUUUUGAAGGGAGAAAUUUGAGGUAGAAGUACACACUCUCAGGCUCAGAUUACUGCAUCGCUGGUUUCUCUGGAAGUUAUGGCUUCAUGAUUUUAGUUUCCCUGAAAAAUCUGAAAAGAAAUUAUGUUGUGUGUAACGACAGAAGCAAACUGAUUUGGACAACUGGAAAUCCCACUGAGUGUGGUGUGUGUUUUACUUUUUAAUUUUUCUAUGCCAGCGUUUUGAGUUAUUUUGAAAUGUUUUUAGUCUUUUGUAUAUAAUUUUAGACAUUUUUUGUGUGAAUUUGAAUCCAAAAAAUACUGCCAGUGUUUUCUUUAGCAGCUGGUCUCUCCUUUUUAAAAGUCAGGCAGUUUCCUUUCUUUUUCACUGUCAGGAUUUUGUUCUCGUAAUAAUAGAAAUAAUGAGGUACUAAAGAGGAACAUUGGUGGCACUUGUUGUCUAAAGGUAUCACUCCCACUUUACAACUGUCAGUGAUGACAAGCAACUAUUUACAAAUGUAGCUUUAGGUCCACUUUAAAACAACAAGCGUUUUGAGGAGUGAAACGUUUCCUUUAACCACUUUUGAAAUAUGUGAACUUAAAACAUGAGGAAAAAGGGUGAAAAAUGACAGAACAGAUUAUUUUGGAGUAGAAAUAAUAUUUUUGUGUGGGAGAAAUUAAAUUUGUCUAUACAGAAAAAUCAUUUUGAGAUUAAUUUAUGUACAUUUUUAACUUUCAGCCGAGCUGUUGUGUUGUUUUUAUAAUGUACAAAUCUGCCAUCCUGUUUUCUGUUUAUGUACAGUCUGUAUGAAGAACAUUCCAUUAACCUUUAUAAUAGUUUCUAAGGCAAAAGGGGUACGUAUGUUUAUAACUUGAUGGAUUUCUGGUAGCUAGCUGGAUUAGUAAGCGUGUACUCACAUAUUAUAUUUCAUUUUGCCAAUAAACUGAUUACAGUA